AAUGAGAGACAAUGUAGAAGCAAGAGUAAUUUUAUUUCUAUUUUAGAGAAUUGCGUUUCAUCAAUAAUUUUAAAUAACUGGAACUGCUGUCUGGUUUUGGACUUUUGCAACCAAAAUUAACGGGGAAUUUCAUCAUAUGCUUGACCUCGCUGUACACUGUACAGGAUGACCCGCACUUUGUUGCAGUUACUCCGCGACUACUUGGAGGAACGUCGGAUCCACAGGAACCGACUUGUGACCAAAGAUGGCCACUGCAACGUCGCAUAUGGCAGCGUCAAGUACAGCCACUUCUUCAUCUCCGUUCUGGAUUUCUGGACCACCCUGAUGGAGAUGCGCUGGCGUUACGUCACUCUUCACUUUGCAGCUUCCUUCAUAUUCAGCUGGUUCAUCUUCGGGCUCUUCUGGUACUGGGCUAUUGUCGCUAACGGAGACUUGCCUUGGCAGAAUCCACCCGCCAACCACAGCUUCUGUGUGCUGAAUGUCGUCGAUAUGACUGGCGCUUUCCUUCAGUCCAUCGAGACCCAGAUGUCCAUCGGUUACGGCUAUCGACUUCUGACCCCAGCCUGCAAUAGCACCAUCACCAUCUUCACGAUUCAGUGUGUCUUCGGGACAAUAAUUAUCUGUUUCUGGUGCGCUGUGAUCAUGACAAAAGUUGCCAGGCCCAAGAAACGAGCCAAGACCAUCACCUUCAGCGAGAUGGCGGUCAUCAGCAGCAAACAGAACCGGCUCUGCCUGCAGAUUCGAGUCGCCAACUUGCGCAAAAGCUUGCUUAUUGGAAGCCAAAUUUAUGGAAAGCUGUUCAGGACAACGGUCUCACCAGAAGGCGAGGUCAUCAUCAUGGACCAGAUUGGAGUAGAUUUCAUGAUGGACGCCGGAAAGGAUAACCUCUUCUUCGUCUGCCCACUGACACUGUACCACAUAAUUGACGAAUCGAGCCCCUUCUUCAGGAUGACGGUGGACACUCUGCAGAUGCAGGAGUUUGAGCUGGUGGUGUUUCUGGAUGGCACGGCCGAGAGCACCAGCUCCUCCUGCCAGGUCCGGACGUCCUAUAUUCCUCGAGAGAUCAUGUGGGGCUACCAGUUCCUCCCCAUCAUCUCCCGCAGUAGAGAGGGACGGUACCGUGUGGACUUCUCCAACUUCUCCAGAGUGGUUCCUGUAGACACAGCACCCAGCGCCUACUACUUCCCUAGUGAGGAAAAUCUGUUUCACCAUUCUGGCGCCAGCACUGAUGAUGAGGGGUUUCAAGAGAUGGAAAAAUGUGAGCCUUCUGGGGCGUCCAACAUGUGAUCCAGAGGUUUUCAACAUUGGGGAAGCAGUGGCAUUCUGAUAAUUGUAUAUACUUCCACACUCUUGUCAUUUAUAACCUUUGGUUUAAUGGUUUCCCAGUUGUAUAUUCAUGUUUCGAAGACUCUUGCACUCCCACAAUUUCUGCUGUACAGCAAAAGGUUUCAUAAAGACCAAAAGUAUUGGGACAUCUACUCAUUUAUUGUUUCUUCUAGAGUAAUCCUGCUUUUGUUGUAGUAACUUUCUCUACUGUCCAGGAAAGUCUUUCUACUAGAUUCUGGAGCAUUGACAUAAGGUUUUGAUUGCAUUCAGCAACAAAAGCAUUCUUAGUGAGCUCCUGAUGUUGGAUGGGAUGGUCACCAUGCCACCCUAGCUUAGCUACCAUUGAGGUACUCAGGUAAUCAUUUUAUAAAAAGAAUGUAAACUCAUAUUACUCAGAACAAUAGUGUAUGAAAAUCUGUUUCAGUUGUUGGUUAUAGAUUAUAUUUUUGUAACAGUUGUUUCAAAUAAACUCUUUGUCUUCCAGUUUU